AGAAGACUAGUCUGUACCCAAAUGUAAUUAUGAGAGGAACAAAAUUAAUAUUGAUGGAGGUAGGAAAUGUAAAAUUUCUGGAUUCUCUCAAUUAUUUUCCUAUGCCUCUAACUGCUCUACCCAAGGCGUUUGAUUUGAAAGAGCUAAAGAAAGGAUACUUUCCACAUCUAUUCAACACUUUGGCUCAUCAGAAUUAUCUAGGGCCAAUUCCAGCGCUCGACUUCUACGAUCCCGACCAUUAA